AGCGCGCGCUGGGCCCGCCUCGGCUGCUGCCGCCGCUGCAGCCGCCACCGCUGCCGGGGAAUAAUCUGGGCGGCAGCGGGCGGCCCCGGCUAGCAGCCACGAGCCACUUCUGCGGCUGCCGAGAAGAACGAGGGUCGCCGGUCUCGUGUCGUCCCCCUCUCUGCCCCCGCGGAGGGGCGAGAGGGAGCUGAGGCUGAUGUCAGAAAUACAUUUUCGGGAAAUGGCCUCUAAAUCUUGGCUGAAUUUUUUAACCUUCCUUUGUGGAUCAGCAAUCGGAUUUGUUUUAUGUUCUCAGCUACUUAGUAUUUUGUUGGGAGAACAGAGGGACCUUCAGCCUAAUAUUCUUCAUAAUGAUCCUCAUGCUAGGCAUUCAUAUGAUAAUGAACAGAAUCAUCUAGAAGGACAGAUGAACUUUGAUGCAGAUGCUAGCCAACAUAAAGAUGAGAACACUGACAUCGCCGAAAACCUCUAUCAGAAGGUUAAAAUUCUUUGCUGGGUAAUGACAGGGCCUCAAAAUCUAGAGAAAAAGGCUAAACACGUCAAAGCUACAUGGGCCCAGCGUUGUAAUAAAGUGUUAUUUAUGAGUUCAGAAGAAAAUAAAGACUUCCCUGCUGUGGGAUUAAAAACCAGAGAAGGCAGAGACCAACUAUACUGGAAAACAAUUAAAGCUUUUCAGUAUGUUCAUGAUCAUUAUUUAGAAGAUGCUGAUUGGUUUAUGAAAGCAGAUGAUGAUACAUAUGUUAUAUUAGAUAACUUGAGAUGGCUUCUCUCAAAAUACAACCCUGAAGAACCCAUUUACUUUGGGAGAAGAUUUAAGCCCUAUGUAAAACAGGGCUACAUGAGUGGAGGAGCAGGAUAUGUACUGAGCAAAGAAGCCUUGAAGAGAUUUGUUGAUGCAUUUAAAACAGACAAAUGUACGCAUAGUUCCUCCAUCGAAGAUUUAGCACUGGGGAGAUGCAUGGAAAUUAUAAAUGUAGAAGCAGGAGAUUCCAGAGAUACCACUGGAAAAGAAACUUUUCAUCCCUUUGUACCAGAACACCAUUUAAUUAAGGGUUAUCUGCCUAGAACCUUUUGGUACUGGAAUUAUAACUAUUAUCCUCCUGUAGAGGGUCCUGGUUGCUGUUCUGAUCUUGCAGUUUCUUUUCACUAUGUUGAUCCUACAACUAUGUAUGAGUUAGAAUACCUCGUUUAUCAUCUUCGUCCAUAUGGUUAUUUAUACAGAUAUCAACCUGCCUUACCUGAGAAGAUGCUAAAGGAAAUAAGUCAAACAUACAAAAAUGAAGAUACAAAAGUAAAUCAGGAGCCCUUGAAAGAAAAACAUAAAUGAACAGAGGUAAAAUGUCUAGCAUUGCACUGAAGAAGAACUUCUCCAUUUCUGAUAUAGAACACUGGAAUCCCAGUGAGGAAUUCUUUCUAAGUGAACGUUCCAUAUUAGAAAUUUUUCAUAUGAAUGACUGUAAACUGAAGCUUUAAGUGAGCUGUGAAGUCUGUUGAAAUGUGUUUUGAUACAGUAAUAUAUACAUAUAUGAAAAACUUGUGUUUUUAAAAUGGUGGCCAGGCAGAGGAACUAGAAGAGAUUUUGUUGCCUGUUCCUGACCACAUGUAUUAUUUUCACUGAGAAACUAAAACAGUUAAAUUUGCUAAAACUACACUGCACCAUUGUUAGUAACCCACACAUGAUGCUACACAGAUCUGCCUUAAAGAAAAUUUAGAAGGAAAUAUUGUUGCUCGGUGUUGUUUGUAAACUCAAAACAUGAGUUUAUAUUUGCAGUAUGAUAUAAAUGAACCAACCCCCCCCCACACACACACACACAUGCAACUUUUGUCUAAUGAAAAUUUUGCUGUGACUAUUUAUAAUUGGCAGUAUUUCUUCCAGAAUAAGGUAGAAUAAGAAUGGCACUUGACCUAAAGUGCAUUAAUAAAACCACAUUUUGAAAUUAUCAUGGGCCUUGACUGUAUUAUAUACUUGGUUCUAAUUAAUAGCUAAUCUUUUACUGAGUCCCCGUUGUCUCUUUCCUAAACAUGUUUAACCAUUCUUGAAUGCCAUUCUCAACUAUUAAUAUUUAUUUACUGAAAGUGUUAAUAGCAUUCUGUAAACAUGCAUUUUUAGAUAUUUUAUUCCCAAAUUUACCCAUUGUUAAUUAUGGGUAACUAAUAAAUAGUAAAUGUAAUGCUGUUUGGGGAUGCUUUUCUUAUAUUAGUGCCACUCUCAGGAAUCACUAAGUAACAUUUUUAACUGAUUAUUUAAAACUGUCCAACUACAUAAUUAUAGUUCCUUUCAUUCUCAUCCUGUUGAGAGAUGAGAACUUGUUUGUGCCUUUCAUAACUUGUUUAAAGCAGAGUUUUGAGAUUCAUUUUCAGGCUCUGAGGUGGCUGUUAGUUACACUGGCAAAAUAAUUUGUGAGAUUUUGACCAGAGUUAAUUAAAAACAUUAAAAAAUGCAGAGUGCUUAAACAAAUUGAAAUAUGUCAGAUAUUAAAAGACCAAAUACUUAGUUUACAAAUAACAGCCUGAAUUUUGAUGCUGACUUAUUUGGGGAUGAUUGUUUUGCCAAUGGACAGUUGUAAGAGAGCUCAGUCUUUUUUUUUUUUUUUUCCAACUUUAUUGGAGUAUAAUUGCUGCACAAUGGUGUAUUCGUUUCUGCUUUAUAACAAAGUGAAUCAGUUAUACAUAUACAUCUGUUCCCAUAUCCCUUCCCUGAGAGCUCAGUCUUGAUGACAUCAAAAACAAAUUCAUAAAUGUUUCAUUCUAAUUUUAGUGACCCUCUAUUUAAAGAAUUUCUGGAAGGAAAGGAAAUUUAAAAUUUUUGUUGUCUUUAGCAAUAUCAUCUGAGUGUAUCAUAACAGAAUACUUUACAGACUUUCCAUAAGAUUAUCUUAAACGUUACAAAUAAUUUACAUUUCUCUUAUAUUUUAUCAUUAUGCUAAUUUUAUGUGGCUGUCAUGCCAUUGAUUCUGCUGCUUAGCUAAAUAGUUUAUAUUUAUUGUGCCAAAACAUGUCAAAACUAUGACCUCUUUCAGUUGUAUAUUUGAGAGGAUGUUCAUCUUAGUGGCUAAUUAUGGAUUACUCUGUCAACAUAGUGAAAACUUACACCAGUUUUCACCAAUUGAAUUGUUUUUUGUUAUUUUCAUGAUGAUAUCAUCUGCCAAAAUUUCAAGGUGUUCAUUCUAUUCUUUGAACAACUCUUUACUUUGGUAUGGAUAGGAAUUUAUUUGCAGUCCGUACAUGCUACUUUUCUGUACUAGAAGUAUAAAUGGUUUACCAUGAACAUCCGAAAACCUUAAAAUUGAUUCAUAGGAAAUCAACAUUGUGAUGAAUCCUGGGGUCUGAAGUCAGACUGCCUGGGUUUAAAUUCUUGCUCCAUCACUAGUUUUGUAACCUUGAGCAAUUUACUUAAUCUCUCUGUGCCUCAAUUCCCUCAUCUGUAAACUAGGGACAAUAAUACUACCUACCUCAUAGGAUUUUUAUGAGGAUUAAAUGAGUGAAAAUGUGUAUGGCUUUUAAAAACACUGUUUGGCCCAGAGUAUGGAGUGCUAAGUAUAAAGUUUUCUUAUUAUUCUUUACCUUGGAGUGUAAAUAUUUGUUUUAAAUGAAUGAGAAAUCUGCUUUAAUCAAAUCAGGUAAUAAAGGAAAUAUCUCAUAUAUUUCUUACAAUAAGUAAUAGCUAGUUUUUAUUUGAUGCCUACUGUAUGGCAGGUAACGUGCUUAGAUACUCUGUGUUCAUCCUCACAAAUUGGGGGUUAUUCCCGUAUUAUAGAUGAGAAAACUGAGGCUCAGAAAACUAAAGUCAUUUUCCACUGUCAGAAAGCUACUAAGUAACAGAGCUAGGAUUUAUACUCGAAGCCUGUGUGUUCUUUGCCCCAUGUUAGCCUUGAGGUUAAUCAUUAGCAUUAUUUCCAUUUUUACUUGAUGGCAUGUGACAUCUGAUACAUUGGCCAGCAGUAGUCAAAUUAACCAGCCAAAUUGUCAUAGUGGUUUUUAAAUUGUGGUUAUUAUACUCUUGCCUGAGGGCUUGUUAAAACGGAGAUUUCAAGACCCCAAUUCCAGAAAUGUUGAUUCUAUCAUGGGACCCAGGAGUAUGCAUUCUUACCAGAUACCCUUGGGUUCUUACCAGAUAAGAACUUAUCUGGUUCUUACCAGAUACCCUUGGGUAGAGAACCUUGGGUUCUCUACCAGUGUGUGGUCCCAACCAGCAGUAUCAGCCUCACCUGGAAACUUGUUGGUAGUGCAUCCUCUCCUGGGUCUCACCCCAGGCCUACUGAAUCAGGAACUCUAGGGGGUAGAGGCUAGCAAUUAUGUUUAAACAAGCCCUCCAGGUGAGUCUUAUUCAGCAUUCCCCUAAAACCUGGUGAUUCUGAUGCAAAUCAUCCUUGGAACACGCUGAGGAUUACUUGCCCCAUAAGUAAGGUUAUCUUUCAAAAAUUUAGAUAAAGCAUGUUUUAAAUGAGUGUAGUUCAGCAUCACACUAUAUUAAAUGUAAAAGACUAAAGAUAAUUUAAAGGGUCAGUGGAUCAUUCAUUUUGGCAAAAUUCUUUAGCUGCUUCAGAGUUACUAAUAUCAGGGCCCACAGUAAAAUAUAAAGUUUAGUAAUUUCAUAUUGGGGCAGAAAAGUUUCAGUAAAUACUAGUCAGUAUAUAUUAAUUCAUUAAAAGCGUACUUAAAUGAAUGUCAUAAAAAAUGUCCACAAUUGUUAGUAAAAUAAUUUUAAAUAGAGGUAGCAAAGUACUAUUUUAUAAUGUGCAGAAUGUUUUUCUGCCAAUUCAUACUAUCAAAAUUUCAUCACUUUUCAAGAAUCAGUUGACUGUCCUAUAGGACCUAAUAAAGCAAAAAACUCUCCAAGUAUUUGAUAGAGCAUAUAAAACCAGAUUUCAUGAUGAUAAUGACUUACUGUCUUUUAAAUUAAGAUUUUUGUCAUCUGGGUAAAUGAUUUUAGUAUGGUCUCAAAACAGGCUUUUGCUAUCUUACAUUCUCCAAUAUAUACUUGUAUUUUCAAGUGGGAAGUUCAUAGUUGAUACAAAGCAGAUUUUUAUCCCAGAGUUCAAUUAUUUGUUUUCAAAUAAACUUCAGAGGAGUUUUUGUUACUGUAAGAAGAUUCAAAAAUAAAUCACUGACCAAUUUUUUUUUUAAGUAUGGUAAUUGGAUUUGAGCAUUAAAUUUACUAACUGGUUAUUUUCAUAAUUGUUUGAGUAUUAAUUUUUCACUUCCUUGAGCCCGUUAUACUGUAUUAUUACCAGAUUGAGGCUUAAAAAAUCCUUCAUUUGAUUGAUUAGAUCAGGUCUACCCUUUUAUUCAUUUAAAUUUUCAUUUCUUUAGAAUAUUCUCUGACAAUUUUUGCUUCUUUGUAUUUAUUGCCCUUUAUUUCCUUGAUAACUUCCAUUUUCUAACUACUCUUAAUUCUACCUUCACAAGAUUAAUUAGGCUUUUAUUAGUGAUUAGAGUUUGUAUGUAUCACUUACAUUAUUUUAUACCUAUUAACGUUAGUUUUCCCUAUGAGGUUGGAAGUAAAAAUUUGUCUAAGAAUAAUGCCUGCUGGCUCUCAGGAUACUUGACCUACUUAAAAGUCUACGAUGUUAAACUAAUGCUAGAUAUACAAUUAAAUGAAGUAAAUUCCCCUUUUCACAAACAAAAAAACCUCAUUUGCCUCAUCUCUCUAUUUAUUUAUAGUAGACCUGACAGAAGCAUACUUAAGAAAUCUAGGGGACAACCUGUGGUUUAUUUUGUGCUAAAUGUAACCUCUGUUGAUUUUUAAAAGAUGGCUUAUGUUUAUAUAUUGGAGUUGAAAUAGAGAUUUAAUUCAAAUUAGAAUAAGAAAUUUUAUAAAUUCUCUUUAGAGAAACCAUUUCAGAGUUGAAUAAUGCUCUAUUUCAAUUCCUUUACCUCUCUAGUUUUUAGUUUAUAUGUGUUAAGUUUAAAUAACUUUGCAGGGCCCUGCAAAUUAAUAAUCCAUAUAAAGUAUAUUAUUAGAGGGAAACUAAUCUUACUGCUAAGCAGUGUGUUAUAUUACCCAGUGAACAUUUGUGUUUUGGAAUUUAAAAAUUAUGUAAGGUAAUAGUAUCAUGAAUGAUUUAAAAAUGU